GGCCCGCUCCGGCUUGAGCGCGGCGGCAGCAGCCCGCGCGCACAGGUGGCCACCGCGGAUAGCAGCAGCAGCGGCGGCGGCGGCCUCUGGCGCCUCCUGGCCACACGCGUCCACCUCCCGCGGCACAGGCACCUCAGAAAAAGCUGCUUAGACAAUCUAAUGGAUGAGGAUGAAAAAGACAGGGCAAAGAGGGCUUCACGAAACAAGUCUGAAAAGAAGAGGCGUGACCAGUUCAACAUCCUUAUCAAGGAGCUCAGCUCAAUGCUUCCAGGAAACACUCGUAAAAUGGAUAAAACCACAGUACUUGAAAAAGUUAUUGGUUUUCUUCAGAAACAUAAUGAAUUCUCGGCACAGACAGAGAUUUGUGAUGUUCAGCAAGAGUGGAAGCCUUCCUUUCUCAGCAAUGAAGAAUUUACCCAGUUGAUGUUGGAGGCAUUAGAUGGAUUUGUUAUAGCUGUUGCCACAGAUGGAAGCAUUGUGUAUGUUUCUGACAGUAUCACGCCUCUUCUUGGACAUUUACCAUGUGAUGUAAUGGAUCAGAAUUUGUUAAAUUUCCUCCCGGAACAAGAACAUUCAGACAUUUAUAAGAUACUGUCAUCUCACAUGCUUCUAAUGGAUAAUGUCUCAUCAGAUUACUUAAAAUCUGAUGAUGUUUUUGAAUUUUAUUGCCAUCUUCUGCGAGGGAGCCUGAAUCCAAAGGACUUUCCAACAUACGAAUACAUAAAAUUUGUAGGGAAUUUUCUAUCUUGCAGCCAUGUGCCUAUAUCCACUUGUAAUGGCUUUGAUGGUGCUGUUCCAAGAGGUUACAGAACACCACUAGGAAAACAAGUCUGCUUUGUUGCUACUGUUCGGCUGGCAACGCCUCAGUUUUUAAAGGAAAUGUGCACAGUUGAAGAACCGUUGGAGGAAUUUACUUCGAGACAUAGUUUGGAAUGGAAAUUUUUAUUUCUGGAUCACAGAGCACCACCAAUUAUAGGAUAUUUGCCUUUUGAAGUGCUGGGGACUUCUGGGUAUGAUUACUAUCAUAUAGAUGACUUACAGCUCUUAGCACGAUGCCAUGAACAUUUGAUGCAGUUUGGCAAAGGGAAGUCCUGCUGUUACCGGUUUCUGACCAAAGGACAGCAGUGGAUCUGGCUGCAAACACAUUACUAUAUCACCUACCACCAGUGGAACUCCAAGCCAGAAUUCAUCGUAUGCACCCACACAGUAGUAAGUUAUGCAGAUGUUCGAGUGGAAAGGCGACGAAAUCUGGUCUUGCAGGAUACACCUUCAGAGAUAAUUUCUUCAGUACUAAAGGACAGUGGCUCAGAUUUGGAUCCUCAACAGCACUUUAACACACUUGAAUUAGGUGCAUCGCUUCUCAACAGCACCCGGACGCUUUCUGUGUCCUCUCAAGGCUCACCCAAAUCUUUGCCUACAUCCUUACCUGACUCAGCGUCCACAACAACAAAACUCUUGCCAGAGCCUCCCCCUUUGCAACAAACCCCCACCAUGGAGCAGGAUCUACCAAUUCAAAAAUCCAGUCAACCUGCCACUGCUCAGCUCUCAAACCAGUUUAACAUGUUCCAAACCAUCAAAGACCAACUUGAGCAGCGGACUCGUAUACUGCAAGCCAAUAUUCAGUGGCAGCAGGAAGAACUGCAAAAGAUCCAGGAACAGCUCUGUAUGGUACAAGAUUCCAACAUACAGUUGUUUUUACAACAGCCAACAGCAUCUCUGAAUUUUAGCAGUAUGCAGCAGCCAGAACCUCAGGGGAAGUCUGUGGUUGAUUCUCAGCAACAGCAAAUAAUUCCAAGGCUGCCUCUUCAAGGUCAGGUGGCAGCUUCUCAAACAGUGGACCAUCAAAUGUUAAGAGAAGAAAAUGUGCUAUCGAACCAGGAUAAGGAAUCCGGGAGGACCUCCCAAGGGAUGCAAAAUGGUUGUCCUUCUUCCAGCAACUUAACCUCACAAUUUAACAAUGCCUCUGUGCUCCCACAAUCUUUGAGUUUAGCUCCACCUGCUGUCGUUCUGCAGGAUAGCAGCCACCGACAUAACACGCCUGACUUCAGUCAUGACCAGCAAUUGAGACUGUUGCUAAGUCAACCUAUUCAACCAAUGAUGCCUGGUUCCUGCCAUGCAAGGCAAUCCUCAGAUGUUGAUGCUGGAAGCCAAGCUAAGUAUUCUCAGAGGCUACCGUCAUUCCCAAGUUUGGAAGAGCAGGGUUCCAGCAGCAGCGCACCUAUCGUGCUGAUGGGACAAGCAGUGUUACACCCUGGUUUCCCUGCAGCACAGUCCUCUCAGGCAUCACCUUUGCAACCUAUGCAUCAACAACAUCAGCAGCAAUGCUAUCUUCAGGUGCAGUCUGCAGGCCCUUUGCACAGCGAACAGGUGGAUUCUUUGCUCUUGCCUUCCUACUCUCCACAGGAAGGAAAUGUAGAGUACCAUCAUGUGCAUUCGCAGCGGCGGCAACAUGGUGUCAGGAGAUCCAUCAGCUUGUCUAAAUCCUCAAAUGUGCAACAGCAUUUGCAGUAGAAUCCACUGUCACAAUCAGUGCACAUUUAGCUUUAUUUAACAGUGGCCGGGCAGGGAAAACGGUUGGCAUAUGCAUAUGUGUUUAUUUCAGAUCUUUGUGAUAUACAAAGACCUUUACAAGUGUAGACCUUGGUGAAUAGUGCAAUAGGAAAGGAACGGGAAUCAUUUUGCAGAUGUUUGCACUAUUUGAUAUCUGUGUUAUGAAGAGUUAUAAUAAUACAUGCCAUGAUGUGCAAACUGUGGCACUAACUGGUAUGUGUCAGUAGAAGAUUGUUCUGACUAUUUCCACCAGAAAGUACUCUGGCUAUUCCAAAAAAGUAAAUUUAAAUUUCUUGGCCUUCACUAUUUUGCUGUUUUAAAAUGAAAAGCACUGGUUCAGAGAGCUCUAUUGAGAGGAUGAGAGAUUAUUUUUAUUAUGAUCGAUAUUAUUGUUUUGCACAACAAGCAUAAUCUAGCACUUUUGGGGGAAAAAAGUCUGUUCCAGUGGCCAAACAAGCACUUCCAGUGGGAUAGAACAUGUCGUUUAUUUUUUUGAAAAACAGAAAAAAAGCACCCUGCCAAAAGAUUAUUUAUAGUCCUUGGACUGAAAGUAUUGAGCUUGAUACCUCCCCACCUCCCUCUUGCUAUUUCUUAUAUUUCCAAGAAAUUGCACUGGACAGUUUCCUAUUUACUUAAUGAACAUAAGUAAACAGUGAAUCUAAGCACAAUCAUGCAGCUAAUACUCCAACAUGCCUAGUCAUGCUCUUCAAACACUUUAAAGAAAAACUAUUACCUGAACAGCCCCUUCACACAACUUUUCACAGAACAAGCAUCUGAAGAAUAUGCACUGUGUUACAGCCCAUUAAGUGGGAAAAUGCUGCAACUAUAUUACAUAUCUCUUUCAUUAUUACGUUUUAGGAGUGAAUUUUCCUUCAAUGCAUUGCACUUUUGUAUGCUUUAUGUUGAUGUUUCUAAGAGAUUUUAUGUCAUUAUAAAAUAAGUAGUGUAAAAAAGCUGUUGUAAAAACAUCAACCCUGACCUAUUUCUAUAUAAAAUAAAAUUAUAUGGGAUUAUGUGGAAAUUAUUUUGUAUAUGAAAGA